CUUAUCAGGACAGCUCAGUGUUGCCUCAGACUGUGGAAGGUAACACUGCAGACACACUGACUCCUCAAGAGCAGAUCUUAAAUCUUUAUUAAUUCAAUGACGAGAGGUGGCAAGUCGAGGGAUUAGUAUUCAAAAUACCCCAGUCACCUGCUAAGAAAACGCAUCUGAGACUACAAAUGGACUGCUUCAUGUUUCUCCUGGUGAUGUGCUCCCUGUGCAAGUCGGGUCAGCUGCUUGCAGCUGAAAGUUCUGAAGAUGACUAUCAGGAACAUCUGAACCAUUACGGGGAACACCCAGCAACAAUCGCCAUGGCCCAGUACAAGUGCUUCCAGCGGAUGGUGAGAGGAGACAAUCACCGCAAAUCCCAAACAAUGGGACCAAUGUGCAACAUGACAUGGGAUGGUUGGUUGUGCUGGGAUGAAACCGAAGCAGGACUCUUAACAGAGCAGAGCUGCCCAGACUAUUAUAAAGACUUUGACCCUUAUGCGCUAGCAUCCAAAGUCUGUACGGAAACAGGCAAUUGGUGGCGUCACCCAGAGAGCAACCGGACAUGGACAAACUUUACCAACUGCCAAGCCAAUACAACACAUCAUGGCACGGUGAGAACAAAUCAAAUCUCAUUAAACAUACGUGGAUUCUCCGGAAUGUUCUGUUGUGAAAUGUUGUCCUUCCAGGUGGCAAUGACUCAUUUCUAUCUGGUCAUGAUUGGUCACGGGCUGUCACUGGUCUCAUUGAUCAUAUCACUGGGAAUAUUCUUCCAUUUUAAGAGUCUGAGCUGCCAGAGGAUCACGCUACACAAGAACCUCUUUGUGUCAUUCGUUCUGAACUCAGUCAUCACUGUUGUGUGGCUGACAAAGGUGGCCAAGAAACAAGGGUAUACGUACAACGACUCGGCGAGCUGCAAGCUGCUCAUGUUCAUCCACCUCUACCUGUUGAGCUGCAACUACUUCUGGAUGCUGUGUGAGGGCAUCUACCUGCACACUCUGAUUGUGGUGGCCGUGUUUGCAGAGAAACAGCAUCUCAUGUGGUAUUAUCUGCUUGGCUGGGGUUUCCCCCUGGUGCCAGCACUGUUGCAUUCCAUAGCACGCCACUGCUACUAUAAUGACAAGUGCUGGGUUAGCUCGGAUACAUCCCUACUCUACAUCAUCCAUGGGCCGAUCUGCGCUGCAUUGGUGGUGAACCUCUUUUUCCUUUUGAACAUUGUGCGGGUUCUCAUCACUAAACUGAGAGUUACCCACCAGGCUGAGUCCAGCCUGUACAUGCGGGCGGUGAGGGCCACACUCAUCCUCAUUCCGCUGCUCGGCAUUCAGUUUGUGCUGCUGCCUUACAAGCCUCAGGAGCACUGGGUCUCUGAGAUAUAUCUCUACGUCAUGGAGAUCCUCAUGCACUAUCAGGGUCUCCUUGUGUCCACCAUAUUCUGCUUCUUUAAUGGGGAGGUUCAGAGCGUUCUGCGGAGACACUGGAAUCAGCAGCAGAUGCAGUUUGCCGGCACAUUUGCCAACGCCGACCUCUUCCGCUCGGCCUCCUACGUGGCGUCAUCGCUCACCGAGGUCCACCGUUGCUACAGCAUCGAGAGUCACACCGAGCAGACUAACGGAAAAACCUAUUCGGACAUAUUCCGAUCUGACAGCCCGUUUGUGUGACAAGGACUUUACGCUCAGGAGGCAUUCAGAUUCUUGAAGAGGAUCCAAGGAAGUGAGAUUUUUCAUCUUUUUACAAGUUUUUGGUUGAGUGGGCCAUUUUUCUAUUCGUAGAAAAUGGGCCACUCAACGAGAGGUCUUUCUCACAUCCAGGGGAUUUAACAACAACAAUGACAACAACACCACCAACAACAAUGUAUUUUCAGGCAUUUUAAAGACCCAAUGAAGCUGCUCAGCCUAGAGUCAGUUUUCAACAAGACUAGCUGAUAUACACUACUCAUAAAAAUGUAAGGGUAUUAGGCUUUCGGGUGAAAUUUCAGGAUGAACCUAAAAUGCGCUAUAACCUUUCCAGGUUAACUUAAUUUCACUUUCUCUAAACUUUUGAAUGAGCAUGUGCUGCCUAUGUUAAUUUUGCUGCUUGUUCAAGAACAGCAAGUUGUGCAGAAAGCACUGUAACAUUGAACAUUUGCACGUGUGCGUUGAAAGGUUCACCUGCAGUGCAUUUUAAGUACAUCCUGAAAUUUAUAUCCCAAAUAUCCCUAACUUUUUUGAGAGUAGUGUACAUAUUUGUCGAAGCAUGUGGCGUUGUAGUCACAUUUUUUUUUUUACAUUUUCUUCUGCUAUCUAAUUUUUUAGUGUGGCACGUUUUGUCUCUGUUGUUUAUUAUUAUUAUUAUUAUUAUUAUUAUUAUUAUUAUUAUUAUUAUUAUUAUUAUUUAUAAUUCCGUCAAUGCGCCACAAUUACUGAGGUUCAUAUUUUUCUUAUUCCAAAAUGCUGGAGAAGAGAUCAUGAAGUAAUGAUUAUCGUAUUGUAUAUAAAUGAAAUACUUUAUCUUGACUAUUUUUAUAGUGUGUAUUAAAACUUGUUGUUAUGGUGACUUGCUUCUCAUGUAGGUAACAUUGCUUUGUCAUAAGCAUUAACAUUGUAUAGACUUACAAAAUUAUAUUGUUGCUGUAAAUAAAAACGGCUGUGGAAAAACUGCUGUUACUGUUUUGCA